AUGAAAUGGCCUUCGAGUCUACAGCGACGGCCGCAUCAGUCAUCCAAUCAAUCAAUGGCAAUUCUUGAUUUGGCUUCUUGGGCUGUUUUUGGCGCCGCUGUUCAGGGCCUCGCCCAAGGUAUUCGUCAGAAGCCUUUGAACUAUAAACCUAUUGGAUACGUGUACUCUGCCACUCUGUUUGUUGCUGUCGGCCUGGCUCUGGAUCAGGUCCGGGCUCGUCAGCGCAGCUUCUUGGAUCGUCGUGUUGCUGUUCUUGCUCAGGAGCGAGCUGCCCGUGGUGUUGAUUUCGCUCGUCAAGAGUAG